AUGGCCAAUCAAACCAACUCCGACAAUGACGACUGCCUCAACAUCUACAUCUUGACAUACAACUGCGCGCGAACCCUCAUCAACCCGGCUACUUUUGCACCGUACCUCUUCCAUGCUCUCCCGCCAAACAGUGACGCCCCAGAACUUCUCGUCCUCUGCCUGCAGGAACUCGCGCCCAUCAGCUAUUCGUUUCUUGGGGGGUCGUUCCUGACGCCCUAUUUCAAGGCGUUCCGCGAGGCCGUCAGACUCGCCUCCAAGGACCGUGGUGGAUAUGUGAACGUGGUGAGCAGGAACCUGGGGAUGACUGCCAUCAUGGUCUUCCUGAGGGAUGACGUCGCCGACAAUCUCACGUGGAUAAGAACAGCCGGUGUGGGUGUUGGUGUUAGCGAAAUGGGUAACAAAGGCGCAGUGGGCGUCCAGCUGGGAUAUAGAGCAACUCGAAGGCAUCCACCAUCAGCUGAUGGCGAAGUCGGUGACGAAAGUGGAGAACUUGAGUUCACCUUUGUUUCGGCCCAUCUGGCGCCCAUGGAAGACGGUCUGGAGAGGCGAAACGAGGAUUACCGAAAUAUUAUGCAGAAAUUAGUCUUCCGCACAGAUCAGAGGCUCAAGGCUCCGUUGCCUCGGGGCGAAGAAGGGGAAGAUGCGCCUCUGCUACAAGGAGAACUCGCUUCGCAAGAGCACGAGACCCUCGGCGAGGAGGAAACAGGCAUGUACUCAGCGUCGUCAUAUCUCUUCUUCGCCGGUGAUCUCAACUAUCGCACAUCACUGCUGCAACCGUCUCCACAGGAUGUCGAGGAAAAAUUCCCGCAGCCCAGUACGAACAGCAACGAUCCCAUGCCUUUUCGCGAUUUGCUUGCUGAAGAUCAACUUACUCAGCAGGUCAAGGCUGGGAAGACUCUACACGGGUUGACAGAAGCACCAAUCACGUUCCCACCCACCUACAAGUACCACACUGACGGAAGCAAGGCUGUCCUCAUGGUCAAUGGAGAAGACCGACAACACUGGAGCUGGGCACGUCAUCGCUGGCCCAGCUGGUGCGACCGAAUCUUCUUCUCGAACCCCCAGGGAGGUGACGUCAAGGUUACUCCGCAGAGAUACACGUCUCUGCCGCUCUUUGCAACCUCGGAUCACCGCCCAGUAGCACUGGCAGCCUCCGUACCUCUGAAAGCGGUGUCGAAUGCAGGGCAGGUGGAGGGUGAGAGGGGCCCGACAGCACCGUUCGGCAUCGACCCGGACUGGACGAGCAAGAGGAUCCAAGCACGCAGGAAGGAGUUGGCCGUGGGGAUCAUGGCUUAUCUGGCACUGACAUGGGAAGGUAACGGGUUGCUGGUUACAACGACGAUUGGUGUUGUGGGUGCAUGGCUGAUUAUCAGAUCUCUGCUCAUGGGUUGA